GGCCAUCCAAGAGCUGAGUCAUCGGCCUACUCCACGGGCCGCACUAACCAUUAGUAGAACGAAACGCUAUGGACGACGCCCAAAUUCAUCAGGCUCGACGUGUCUAAAUGAGACUCUAGAAGAGAUCGGUAACCGCUCGGCAUGAGCCAAUCAUUUGGCGAUAAACAAAUACACAACAGAACGUCCAGACGAAUGAUCAUUAAUGAGACGAGAAAAUGAGCGUUACAGACUUGCUAACGCGGGCGGAAGCCUUGUGCAAGAAGUAUGAGAAGUAUGAUUUGGACAAGAAGCAAGAUGCCACUGUUUACAAAAACGAUCGUUUCAUGAUGCUCUACACAACUCUUCAAGCCGAUCUUGAGGCCGCUAUGCAAAAAGCAAACGACGCAUCCAUUGAAAAAAAUAGAGCAGUAGUUGCUACCUUAAAUGCGGAGGUGCGACGUGCUAAGGCUGCACUCAAGGAGCAAAUUCCGAAACUUACGAAGUAUGCUGGAAAAAAGGUGAAAGGAGCUACGAAGGAGGAUCUUGCUUUACGCCCAGAUUUGGUGCUCGGCCUCGUGGCAAAGAUUGAGGAUAUUCCAGACGGUGUGGUAGCUCCUCGUAAGCCAGUCAAAGGGAAAAAGGGAAAAGGAGCAGCGGAGACCAUCAAAAUUGAUGCCAUGAGUCCAGAACAAGUCAUGAGUGGCAGCCAGAACCAGAGCUCUGAAGAAUCGUCAAGUUUUGCCCAAGAAGCGGAUAGACGAAAAGCAAAACAGGAUGAGAGUUUAGAAGUGAUAUCGGAGGGUCUCACGACAUUAGGAAACAUGGCUCAAGACAUAAACGAGGAGAUGGAUAAACAAACUACUCUAGUUGACGAGAUCGACUCAAAGGUGGACAAGGCUGCGACUGAAAUGAAGAGUACGAAUGUAAGGUUGAAGGAGACUCUGGUCAGGCUGCGGUCGAGCCGAAAUAUCAUGGUCGACAUAGUUUGUUUGAUCGUCAUUAUGUCCAUUGCUGCCGCGUUGUACAAGUUUGUGAAUCUUCCCCCUACAUUCAAGCACUUCUCUAUGAAUUUGAUCUUCCGUUUAUGACAACUGGUACUAAAUUCCAUUCAUUUUUCUUGAUCUAUUGUUAUGACCUUCCUCUCUACGUCAAAAUACAUACAUACAUAUUCGAGAGAAACCUGUGUCAACGCUGCCCGGAAGAGCACUUAGCUUGUGUUGUACUCGCAGAAUAAUCAUAGACAAGAAGGCCAAGCAAGCAGCCACCACAACCACCACAUAGACUGGCUACAUAUGUGCGUCAUAUUGGUCUUCGGAGAUCAAUUCUUCUAGCACCCAUACUCUGGGUAUGUGAGUUUUUUGGAUUGAAGAAGUUUACUAGCUCAAAAUGCAAGCUUGCUUCAGCUGUAUGACGUCAAUUCUGGAAAAAGCGGAUGGACAUUCAAGAGUAAAAACUUCGGACACACUUUUAUCUCUGUUUACAAGGAGACCAUGAAAUGGUAUAUGGCUUGUCUCCUGGCUACGGGUACUACCACAUUAAGAAAGAAAGUUGGAUUGAUAUACCAUGGCAGUAUGACAUAUUAGGUGUGAGUUGCUUAUAGCCGUGGAUGUAAAUUCAACUAUCGUCGAUAAUGACUUGCUCCAUUGGUUUCGAACAACAAAGAAAGCAACAUAGUGUUUUUCAGUAUAUUUGGUAUAAUAGCCAAUCCGAUGGUGCAGGAGGAAUUUGACCGAUGAAAUAUAUCCAGGCCGAUUCCUUGGACUGCAUUUGUUGGUUAUCAUGGCCAUCCCAGUGAACUUAUUUCGCAGGUUCUAAUGUCUGGAGAAACAAUUUCUUCACGGACCAGGAGACACAGUGCUGGAAAAAAUUACCGGAAGGCAAGUGCAUGAUGAGCAUGUAUGAGGCUAAUCUGUUUGAGGUUCCCAUUCUCUUGACUCAAGACGCUGGUCUGCUGGAAGUGUUUAUCCUUCCAUGGUCCAGGGCUCUUGAAGUUUAUUGGAAGAAGGUAAUCAAAACAUGUACAGGUUGGUUUACAGCUUUUACCUUGGAAUAGUGUCCACAAUGAGAAUAUCCAUCGCAUCUGCAUGGUCUUGCAGGCGCUGUCAGAGAUAAACUUCAAGGGAUAGUAAUGAUUUGAUGGGUAUCCUCGUAGUAUUCGGUUGUGUUGAAGUACGUUGUCGACCAAGAUUUGGAGGAUACGAUACGGUGACGUCCGGAUGAUGAAACUCCAGGUAAAUUCCGAGGCAAUUCUGGAAGAAGGGCCAUGCAUUGUUUCUGCGGCUGCCAAAAUUUCUCGACAGCAAUUAAUUGGCUCAUCGGUGCACAAUACUACCGACAUGCAUGCCUUCAUUUACCAGAAACUGUAGCAGUGGCCAUGGCGGGCUUCGGAUGGGGUAGAAACCCAUGAUUUCUUGGGAAGUUCACUGAAGCCUUCGUAGUACUAUCGUCGUAGCUACUCGCGAACAAAUUUUCCAUCACCAAAUUAUCACUGAGAAAGCCGAAUCGAAAGAUGCCGAAGUCGUUUCCUUGAAUGAUCAAAUAAUAUGCCGGUCAACUCCAGCAUCAUGUGCCACCGUGGCACAGAAAUGUUGGAAUAGAAAGUACCAAAAAGUGAGAUUUCCGAUCAUUUUGUCUUCGCUUUUCUCUCUGUGUUCCUAUUCCCUUUUAUACCAAGUCGUUUGUCCCUACGACCAGUUACCAAUCUAGACCGCAGAUUUGGAAUUCAUGUCGCUGUUCGCUAAUUGUCACUUCAGUGCGUACUUUGCCGUAGUUAUGGAAGGGAAGGAAUCAAAAAGAUAACGAGGGGACCGAGCAGUAUACCGAACCACGGAAGUCCCCAUCGGAUCUUACAUGGAUGGAAGGAGUUUUAAAUAGUAGUACUACUGUAUUUAGGCCACCGUGCGUUGAUUUGUAACUUCCAUUAAUGGACCUUACUUCAGUUCAACUUUCCCUCAGGUCCAGUAUAAAUUAUGUCAUGUCAUGACUUAGGGCCUAGUCCAUCUUCCUCAUUUGGUUUCAUGUUUACAGGAUUUAUGGUCUUCCAGCUAUAUUAUUUGGUUCCCUCCUUGUUUAGCACACAGCGUUGCUUCCAUUAAGAUGUAUAAAGUAAACUCAAAUUCUUACUUUAUGAACAUAGAAUUUAUGAACGCUCGUUAGAGUGAUGAAUGUAUUUCAAUACCUGAUAAAUCUCUCUUCUAAC